UCUGGGACAUGUAAAGUUCGGCAGUUGGCUUUGGUUUUGUUGUAUAAAUGUAGCGUCGCAACAUGCAUCAAGCAGAGCUUUGGAAAGCCAAGAAUUAAAACUCCCUACACUAAUUUUGAAGGGACGAACAGGAAAAACACAAAAAAACACAAUGGCUCUGACGCUGCACUCAGCUGCAUCCUUCCCAUCAGCCUUCAAGCAACUUUCUCUGUCUCAAGGCCUCAAAUCCCCCAAAGUCUCCAUGGUCUCCACCCACUGCUCCCCCACUGCUGAGACAGGGGUUCAGAGCAACCAAAGUAACGCCUGCAUGUCUAACGGAUACAAAAAAUAUAAAAGAACAGCAAAAAGUUUUUGUAAUACUGGGAAAUCGGAAAAGAGGCCAUUCCGGCCUGCCAAAGAGGUAGGGUUUCAAGUGACUCACUCCAUGCUUGGAGUCUACACUGCUAAGGACUACGCAGAUAUACUGGAGUUUUUGGUUGGGAGAUGGAAAGUUGAGAAACUCACCGGUCUUUCUGCAGAGGGUUAUAGAGCUCAACAUUUUGUUUGCGGACUGCCCUCUAAAAUUAGGAGGCUGGAAGAAAAGGCUCAAACAAGGGCCAAGCCCAAGCAAGCAUCUAGUGCUCCUUUCAGCUGGAUUUUUCACAAAGAAAUAAUAGUUUAA